AUGUUUUUUGGUGGGGAUCCGUUUGAACACUUUGCGCAUGGCCAUGGCGGCGGUGGUGGUCGUGCCCGACGAGGUCCUGCUGAAGAUGUGGACACAACCAAGUUAUACGAGACUCUCGGCAUUGAGAAGACUGUGGACGAGAAGGAAAUCAAGAAGGCUUAUCGCAAGCUCGCGGUGAAGCAUCACCCCGACAAGGGAGGAGACGAACACAAAUUCAAAGAAAUCAAUGCCGCUUAUGAGAUUUUGUCGGACCCCGAAAAGCGAGCCAAAUACGACAAGUACGGUCUGGAAGGACUGGAAGAUGGAGGUGGACCAGGAGGAGCCAGUGCCGAUGACUUGUUCAGCAUGUUCUUUGGUGGUGGCCGUGGACGACGAGGCAGUGCCGGACCUCGUCGUGGUGAAGACGUCAAUCAUCCCAUCAAGGUCUCGUUGGAAGACCUCUACAAUGGAAAAACGGUCAAGUUGGCCAUCAAUCGACAAGUACUCGUCGGAGAACCAAAAAUGUGCUCCACGUGUGAUGGACAAGGAGUCGUUGUAGAACUGCGCCAAAUCGCACUAGGAAUGGUACAACAGAUCCAAAGGCACUGUCAUGACUGCGAAGGAGAAGGAUACAUUGCCAAAAAGAAAAAGGAACGAAAAGUACUGGAAGUCCUCGUCGAAAAGGGAAUGAAACACAACCAAAAAAUCACCUUUCGGGGAAUGGCAGACGAAAAACCAAACAUGGAACCUGGCAACAUCAACUUUAUCAUUCAAGAAAAGGAACACGAAACAUUCAAACGGAAAGGAGCGGAUCUACUCGUAUCCAAGGCAUUGUCCCUCAACGAAGCGCUCUGUGGAUUCGCAUGGAUCAUCAAACACCUCGAUGGAAGAGAAGUCGUCAUCAAGUCAAAGCCAGGUGAAGUCAUCAAGGCUGAAGCUGACGGAGGAAAACCAUUCGUCAAGAUUGUCGCAAAUGAAGGAAUGCCCUCCAAAGGGAACCCAUUCGUCAAGGGAAACUUGUACGUCGUCUUUAGGGUCGACUUUCCCUCGGACAAUGAACUCAAUGAAGAAGCCGUCAAGUCCCUCAAGACACUCCUGCCUAACCCUGCCAUGGAAGUCGAGUACGAUGAAGAAACCGCGGAAAUCGUUCAUCUUGAUACAGCCGAUGUCAAGAAUUUCGGGAAGGGGGGUGUCCAAAGCCACGAUUCGGCAUACGACUCGGAUGAUGAAGAGGGUGGGCCACAAGGCGUCCAAUGUCAACAGUCCUAG